AUGGGUUUCUAUGGCUUCCAAGUUUUGAUGAUCUUGGGUCUCUUGGCCACCUUUUGCAUAGCCCAGGCUCCAGGGCCAGCACCAACCGCCUCACCACCCACAGCCACGCCACCCACUGCCACGCCACCCACCGCCACGCCACCCUCACCAGCUCCAACCCCAUCACCACCUACAUCUCCAUCGCCAGCGCCGGCUCCGACCUCAAAGGCCCCGUCCCCUUCACCAACCAAAGCCCCUACCUCAGCUCCCACUCCUUCAGCGAAAUCUCCUUCACCCGUGUCUCCUGCUCCCAAGAACUCUUCACCGCCGGCACCCAGUCCCGUUACCCCCUCAUCCCAGCCACCGGCUGCUGAUCAGACCCCCAGUGCCGCCUUCUCUCCUAGCAAAGCCGUUAUUGCUGGAACCGCUCUUGUUGGAACAUUCUUCGCCGUGGUGCUGGCUUAG